AUGGCUUCGAAACGCGCAAUCAGAGCACUGCAAUCGCAGCUGCCGACCUCUUCCUCCCUCACUCGAGCUCAGAUCACCGCCCAGCAUGCGAGCAAAUCCCUCUCACGAGCGCAGUCCAGCGCGACCAAUGCGACAGCCUACAAACAGCUCCAUCGACGGAUCCAGCCAUUGCCUGCCGUACAACAGUCUGGCAACGUCUCACCCGCUGCAGCUGUGUCUUCCAUCCUCUACGAGACGCCCAUCCCCUCCACCGCACCACCAAAGAAGCACGUGCUCAACUGUCUUGUGCAGAACGAGCCCGGUGUGCUUUCGCGAGUAUCUGGUAUCCUGGCUGCAAGAGGCUUCAACAUCGACUCGCUCGUUGUGUGCUCGACUGAGGUGGCCGAUCUGUCUCGCAUGACAAUCGUGCUCCAAGGUCAAGAUGGCGUGGUAGAACAAGCAAGGAGACAACUCGAGGAUCUGGUGCCAGUAUGGGCUGUGCUCGACUACACUGCGGCACCACUUGUGCAGAGAGAACUCCUUCUCGCCAAGAUCAGCAUUCUCGGACCAGAGUACUUCGAGGAGCUGCUUGCACAUCACAGAGAGAUGACUGGUGACCUAGAGCCAACCAUGAUUGCAGAAGAGCCAGCGUUGGACGAGGAUGGACAGCCCAUCCCUACACCAGGUGCAGAGGAGAUUGGCGAUGUCGACUUCCACCCACGGAACCUGCCUCCAUCUGAAGCACUACGACUCAAACACCAGCACUUGGAGACCAUCACAUAUCUGACUCAUCAAUUCGGCGGCAAGGUCUUGGACAUCAGCACAAACAACUGUAUCGUUGAGCUUUCGGCCAAGCCAAACAGGAUCGACAGCUUCAUGAAGUUGAUCUCGCCUUUCGGUAUCCUGGAGUCAGCACGAACAGGUCUCAUGGCCCUCCCACGCUCCCCACUCCAUGGCGCGGAGGUCGAGCAAACCGUAGAGGUCGAAGAAGUCAUGGACGCAGCCUCCCUCCCACCAUCAUAG